CAAAAACAUAUAUUUCUAUAUGGUAUCAAGAGCCAUUCUCUAAAAGAGCUUUUUCACAUUCAUUACUAUUUUUUUUUCCGGCUAUUCCUCCUUGAUCAUCAUGGUCAUCACCGCCGAAACAACUGUUAUCCCACUCACUGCUACUGCAAAUUUCCCUAUCAAACUCACUUCUUCCAACUUUCCUGUUUGGAAAUGCCAAGUCCAAUCUGCCCUCAUCGGGUUAGGGCUUGAAGGCUAUAUCGAUGGCACCAUCACACCUCCUUCUCCAUUCACCGAUGAUCUCAAAACUAUUCCCAAUCCGUGUUACAAAAUCUGGUAUCGUCAGGAUAAAACUCUCCUGAGUGCUCUCCUCGGGAGUUGUUCUGACACGAUCCAACCACUCAUCUCGUCCGUCACAACGGCACGCAUGGCUUGGGAAAAACUGGCUAACACUUAUGCUAGCACUUCACGUGGGAGAAUUAUUUCUCUCAAAACAACCUUGGCACGCACCACCAAAGGUAAUCGUGCAAUCACGGACUAUCUCACGGAAAUGUAUUCCAUUGCUGAAGAUCUUGCCUUAGCACAGUGCCCGGUUUCUGAUGAAGAUCUGGUCGUUAGCAUUCUCAACGGCCUUGGUGCGGACUAUAGGGAUCUCAUAUCCGCUGUUCGUGUGCGGACUGCAUCACUGCCCUUGACCGAACUCCAGGAUAUUUUGCUGGAGCGUGAGAAACUUCUGCAGGAUCAACAAAUCCUGGAUGCUCCUAUCAUUCCGACGGCCAACUUUACACAAGCUGCUGAACGCACCCAGGAUCGCCGACCAGCGUAUGGUGACCGCCGUGGUUCUCAACACCGUCGUGGUCGAGGUGGUCAUUUCAUGCCCAGCAAUCGUGGAGCCGGUACUCCACUGGUCUGCCGGUUCUGUGAUCAUUCUGGACAUGAUGUCAAACACUGCCGGAAGCUCCAACGGUUCUUACGGGACAACCAUGUCCCAUAUCCCUCAAAUACGGCCGGGCCAGUUGCACAUCAUACAUCUACUGUGAUGUCCCCAAAUGAUCAAUCAUGGCUUUUUGAUAGUGGGGCGUCACACCACGUUGCUUCGGAUGCCUCUGUCUUACCAACAUAUACUGACUAUGGUGGUCCUGAAGAGGUCCGCCUUGGCGAUGGAUCUGGUCACGGGGGCGCCGCUCAUGCGCGGGGAGAACAUGCAUGAUGUCUACCAUGCACCUAUCUCAGUUUCACCUUCAAUAAAUCACACUCAAGUUUCAGAUGUUUCCGGGUGGCAUCACACUCUCGGUCACCCAGCUCGUAGUAUAUUUAAUCAUGUAGUUCGUCUCAAUAAUAAUGAAAUUCGUUGUACACAAUCUUCAGAUUUUCAUUGUUCCUCUUGUGCUGUCAAUAAAAGUACUAAAUUGCCAUUCUCAA